AUGGCAAUGAAGCAACCUCACGUAGUCAUCUUUCCCUUCCCACUCCAAGGUCACAUGAAGCCCUUGCUUUGCUUAGCCGAGCUUCUCUGCCAUGCAGGCCUUCAUGUCACCUAUGUCAACACUCACCACAACCACCAGCGCUUGGCCAACCGCCAAGCCCUCUCGACUCAUUUCCCCACCCUCCAUUUCGAGUCCAUCUCCGAUGGCCUCCCCGAGGAUGACCCCCGUACCCCGAGUAGUCAGUUGUUGAUUGCGUUGAAGACGUCCAUUAGGCCUCAUUUCCGGGAGCUGCUCAAAACCAUUUCACUUAAGGCCGAAUCGAAUGAUGCUCUGGUGCCGCCUCCGAGCUGUAUCGUGACAGAUGGGAUCGUGACUUUUGCGUUUGAUGUAGCGGAGGAGCUGGGGCUGCCCAUUCUAAGUUAUAACGUUCCCUGUCCUCGUUACCUGUGGACUUGUCUUUGUCUCCCCAAGCUCAUUGAGAAUGGCCAGCUUCCUUUUCAAGGCAAGAAUGAUGACAUGAAUGUGGAAAUUACGGGAGUGCCCGGAAUGGAAGGCCUUUUGCAUCGCCAAGACUUGCCAGGUUUUUGUCGAGUCAAACAAGCUGACCACCCAUCUCUUCAAUUCGCUAUCAACGAGACCCAAACCCUAAAACGAGCCUCGGCUCUCAUUCUCGACACAAUUUAUGAACUUGAUGCUCCUUGCAUUUCCCACAUGGCCCUCACGUUUCCCAAGAUUUACACCCUUGGACCGCUCCACGCUCUCCUCAACUCCCAAAUAGGUGACAUGUCUCGAGGUCUAGCAUCCCACGGCUCUCUUUGGAAAAGCGACCUAAACUGCAUGACAUGGCUUGACUCCCAGCCUUUCAAAUCGGUUAUCUAUGUCAGCUUCGGGACUUUGGUCCACUUGACACGUGCCCAAGUGAUAGAGUUUUGGUACGGCCUGGUCAACAGUGGACACCCGUUCUUGUGGGUCAUGAGGUCCGACAUCACAUCUGGGGACCACCAAAUUCCCGCGGAGCUGGAAAAGGGUACAAAGAAAGAGGGUACAUAG